UUUGGCUCACACCACAACAUAUUAACGCCAUCUUUAUAUGUGACAGGAGCGAACGAAAGAGGCUGCAGAGUUGUAAAGGGAAAGUGGGUCAGGCUCUGUGGACACGAACACGCUGUGAAAUCAGCAUUUAGUGAGCGUGUAGGCGGACUCGGACACGCAAACCCUGCUGUUCUAUGGUCCAAUGUGUUUGACCGCUUCACCACAAGCUCGUACGCAGUUGUCGUGUGUCGGUCCAGGCUGACGUUGAGCGAUUUUUGACAAAAUCAAUACGAAGGCGACAAACAGGAUGAAACGAGUUCACCAGGUGAAUGAGAAGAAGGAUGGCGUAGGCACCAGCACUGUUUCUCAGAAGACUCUUAAACGGCCCUGUAAGCAGAGGACUGACAAAGACUUGGAGCAGGAAGGUGCCUGUUGGGAGUGUCUGCCUCAGGAGAUCAUGCUUCACAUCUUCCAGUACUUGCCUUUACUGGACAGAGCUUAUGCCUCUCAGGUGUGUCAAAGCUGGAACCAGGCUUUUCACAUGCCAGAGCUGUGGCGGUGCUUUGUGUUCGAAUUAAACCAGCCUGCCACCUCCUACCUGAAGGCCACGCACCCAGACCUCAUCAAACAGAUCAUCAAAAGACACUCCAACCAUCUACAAUAUGUCAGCUUCAAGGUGGACAGCAGCCGAGAGUCUGCGGAGGCAGCGUGCGACAUUCUCUCACAGCUCGUCAACUGUUCCCUAAAAACACUUGGGCUCAUCUCCACAGCCAGGCCCAGUUUCAUGGAGGUUCCCAAAUCUCACUUCAUCUCAGCGCUGACAGUGGUUUUUGUCAAUUCCAAAUCCCUGUCCUCCCUAAAGAUUGACGACACACCUGUGGAUGACCCCUCCCUUAAAGUCCUGGUGGCAAAUAACAGUGACACGCUCAAACUGCUGAAAAUGAGCAGUUGCCCUCACGUUUCACCUGCAGGUAUCAUGUGUGUGGCCGAUCAGUGCCAUGGUUUGAGAGAACUGGCACUCAACUACCACUUGCUGAGUGAUGAACUUCUCAUCGCUCUGUCCUCAGAGAAACACGUUCACCUCGAGCAUCUUCGCAUUGACGUGGUCAGUGAGAAUCCAGGCCAACACUUCCACACCAUCAAGAAGAGCAGCUGGGAUGCCAUGGUGCGCCACUCUCCUAAAUUUAACUUGGUCAUGUACUUCUUUCUCUACGAGGAUGAAUUUGGCCCUUUCUUCCGCGACGAAAUCCCGGUCACGCACUUGUACUUCGGUCGCUCUGUCAGCAAAGACGUUCUGGGCCGUGUCGGGCUCACCUGCCCACGUCUGGUGGAGCUUGUCGUGUGUGCCAACGGGCUGCGGCCGCUAGAUGAGGAGCUGAUCCGCAUCGCCCAACACUGCACGCAGCUGUCGGCCAUUGGCUUGGGGGAGUGUGAAGUGUCCUGCAGCGCCUUUGUGGAGUUUGUCAAGAUGUGUGGAGACAGACUGACGCAGUUAUCCAUCAUGGAGGAAGUGCUGGUCCCAGAUCACCGCUAUGGACUGGAUGAUAUCCAUUGGGAGGUGUCCAAGCAUUUGGGUCGCGUCUGGUUCCCAGACAUGAUGCCAACCUGGUAGAGCUCCGGAUGACUGUGCGUGAAUUGUGUGUGUGUGUCCCAGACACCAUAUGUACCCCUAAAUCUCCUCAAGUAUAUGAAGAAUUUACUCUCUUAAUCUCUGGAUUUUGAUAAAGACAUACAUGUUCACUGAUUUAAACUCUGCUUUGUAGUUCCAUGUAAAGCUAUUUUUUUAUAUGAAUAUUUAUGUCUACAUUUGUUUGUCUUGUUGGCACCUUGUUCUCUCUGCCAUUUUUUAGGGUCUAUGGAAUCCAGUAGAUUAGUCAUGUGUUGAAUUCAUAGUUUUGAAAUUGACCCUGGGAAUGACUUGUAACGAAAUGGAAGACACUAAUUAAAACGAUAAACUAAACAUACAAAUACUUGUGUAGAAAUUAAACACUUUUAUUUCAGUUUAAUUUGAAAAACCUGACAUGAUUUACCAGCAGAUUGUCAUCAUCACACAUCACAGUUUGUAGUGAUUUGAAGACAAUUUUGUCAUGGAAAAUGUGUAGUACACCAUUAUCAGCUAAUAUUUUGUUUAUUAUAAAGAUACAAUUACAAAGAAAUUACAAAUACAGUAAUACAAAAAGUGUGUAUCUGUGUGUGUGUGUGUGAGUGUAUAUAUGUAUGUAUAUACACAAAUAUAUAGAAGUUUCAUAAAUUUAUGAAUUAAAGUGCACCUUUGAAUGUGGCAGCCAUUUUGAUAUAAUUGAUCAAAUGUGAAUAUGGUGAUUACACGUGGAUAAUUGUGAUAAUUGUAGCCCUGAGGACUGGACACUGGCAGCUGAAUGUAGUUGGAUGAAUGUUUGUUUGUCAGAAUGUGUAAGCGUGAUAAAUAUUCAUAUCACACUAUUGUUUUGUCAGGCGAAACUAUAGCUGGAAAAUGAAGAAGAAUUAUAUUGCCUGUGGACUUCAAUCCUUGCAAUGACAUUUUUUUAAGAUAUUUGUGUCAAAAGGUUGAUGUUAUGUAUUUAUGUGUAUUUUUUUAUUGUUCAUGUGAAAACAGAUCAGAUUAGAAAACCGAUUAGAUCAAUAUUUCAACAGUUUUUGCCCAUGAUCAUAUAUUCAUUUGAUGUUUUCUUAAUCUAAAGGUCAACAUAUUUAUAAUAUAUAUCAUUAUAUAUUGUACAGAGACAUGGUGUUGACCUUAUUUUUAGCCAAACAAAGCAGCAUUGUACAUAUAUUUAUUGGAAGGCGGUAACCUCUUGUACGCUUCCCAAAAGAUAUGUAAUAUUAAAGUGAACUUCAUGGCCACAUUAAAAA